AUGUCUAAUCCCGAAAAGGGGGACCAUGUCAUCAACAUCCCGGAUGACGCUUACGAUGGCCGCGACGCGAAACCAUCUGAUAAGGCCGCUUCUGGUCUGCUUGCGAGCGACUACAAUGGCGCUUCAACCACGACCAGGCAAAUCGAAAACAGCGCUGCCUUAUCCAUUGUUGCGUACUCGCUCCAAUUUCUGUCCGUCCCGGUUUACACCAUUUUCAAAAAUCUCACCACUAUCGUCAUUGCGUAUGGCGAAGUACUGUUGUUCGGAGGCAAGGUCACCCCACUGGCCUUCCUGUCAUUUUGCCUAAUGGUCCUGAGCUCGAUCGUUGCAGCAUGGGCCGACAUACAGAGCGCCGCCAACGCGUCUUUGAGUAAAGGCGUCUCAAGCCUGUCAUUAAAUCUUGAUGUCGGAUAUACCUGGAUGGGCAUCAAUAUUGUGUGCAGCGCCGCAUAUCUCCUGUCAAUGCGCAAGAUCAUCAAGAAGAUGAACUUUAGCGAUUGGGACACCAUGUUUUACAACAACUUAUUGACAAUUCCCGUCCUGCUUUCCUGCUCCCUUAUGGUGGAAGACUGGUCUGCUGCCAACCUGGCAAAGAACUUUCCCGAUUCGUCGCGACACAGUAUCAUAGCCGGCAUGAUUUACUCAGGCCUUGGUGCUAUCACCAUCUCGUAUAGCUCCGCAUGGUGCAUCAGAGUCACCUCUUCGACAACAUAUUCGAUGGUAGGCGCCCUUAAUAAGCUACCAGUUGCGUUGAGUGGCUUGAUCUUCUUUUCAGCCCCUAUAACGGUGGGUAGCGUUUCUGCGAUAGCGAUUGGAUUUGUUAGCGGCAUUGUUUACUCCUGGGCGCGGAUGAAAUAG